AUGAUCACAAAAACAACUGCAUCCGCUGAAAGGCCUGGAACGAAAUUCACUGCAUCCGCUCCCCCCGACAAGACAGCGCGCAAGUGCACGAAUCCCGUGAACGCUUCGCGAGUGGACGUCUUUCAUUGGUUUACGUCUUUAACGCAAAAGGGAAUUGAUCGCCAAAUCAGGAAGGAAACGGAAAGUGUAGCAAAAGAAAAAUUAGCUGAAAGGAAAUCUAUUUAUGGUGGUUUCGGUGACGGAGAGGGCGAAAUUGAAACUGAUGAUGAAGGUGAGGAUCAAAAGAAACCGGAAGCUGGUCUCCCUAAUUACACGCAGUUUUCUCAUUUCUGGCACCACAUGUGCACGUUACCACUGCACCAUCCCGUUAGACGGAAGCUGCUUUACUCUAAGCACCUUCAAGAUCGGAGAAUUUUCGCGAUAGAGAAUGAGAUAGAGGGUCGAAUUUUGCUAGCGGAGGACAAGCUGCCAACCUACGAAGACACGUACUUAUUAAAUGUAUAUGCCGAAAAGAAUAUUCAAGAAAAAGUCAGACUCUACGAAAUUGGCGGCAGCAACACCACAAUAGCCCGGCAUUUCGUGCAUUCUUCCGAUGCCGUGAUUUUCGUUUUCGACCUCACGGAUUUCGACUCUUUCCUUUAUAUGCAGAAAUUAAAGUCUACUUUGCCGGCAUUUUCGAUUUCGCUUGUGGGUCCAAAAGGUACAGGAGCAGCAAAGGCAUGCACCUGUAUUGCAUAUGCUGAGGAUAAGGAUCUGGUAUUUGCAGGACACACUGACGGAGCCAUUAGCGUUUGUAAUUUUCAACAGAAGCGCCAAUGCGGUGCGUGGUACGGCCACCCCGGUUCACAGGUUGUUGGUCUAGCUGCUGUUCCUUGGAUGGCCGCGUCACAUGCUUUUUGUCUUAUUUCUCAAGCCAGGGAUGGAAAAAUUCGGUUUUGGGAUACGAACCAGCUGCUGCUCUCUACUUCAGCGUCCAUCAGUAAGCGUCUCUUCAUAUUCCACUUCUGGAAGGCUCUGUCUUCGAAUUUCAUCGUUGAAGAUCCUUUCCACGUAGGCGUAAACAUUCCCGUAUUCCGUUGUGGUGUCAGCCUUGUUCCUCUUAUUUCCCCUAAAGAACCGCUUCUCGAGAUCGCCUGCUGUGACUACACAUUCUGCCCGUUUGCUGUUUGGCCUCUGAAAGGGAAUGGUGCCUGCGAUCACCGGCUCGCUUACGUGACCACGGAUGACGGCGAUACAACGGCGUUGUGCAUCGAGGUGAUCCGAUCACCCGACAACCUGAUCGUGUGCUCAGUCGACGCCGGUCACAUCUCGAAGCUGGGGAUGUGCAUGGCGCUGAGCGGUUUGCCCUCGCCCGAAGGCACCUGCCGGUUCUUGGCGGGGUUCGAGGCAGGCUGUGUGGUCGUCUUCGACGAGGGGAGGCCAACGACGCGUCUGUCACCCACGUGUCCCACGGACACUCGACCGAUCACGUGUCUUGCUGCCUCCGUGGCCGAUCCGCAGGGGUUUCGGGUGGCAGUGGGAAAGGCUGCUGCAAAUGACGCCGAAACAGGCUUGGCUGAUUUCGACCUUCUAAAAGUGACAAUUGAAGGCAUGGCUUUGUGUGACUCCUUCGUUAAAAUCAGUUUUGCCACUUCAGAAGACGUUAAAAUGGCUUUAAGGAAGUGCGCCUGCUUUUUAGAUAGCACCGAAACGCAUCUGGAGCGUUGUGCGAAGCAGCCAAAAAGCUCAGCCCAUGGUAUCAGUGCCGUGUGCUGGCGUCGCGAUGGUCUGCUGGUGGCGGGUGGCCAGUGGAACGGCGACAUUCGUUGCUUCUCCGUGGCCUCACAGGGACGCGCUCGUUGCCUGGGCGACUUGCGCAGCCCCGGGGCCGUUGUCGGCGGCGGCACGCUGAUGGGCGAGUGGUCCUCGGUGUCGGGCGGCACGCAGACCUCGUCCGGCGAUCAGCAGCAGCAGCAGCAGUCCCUCUGCGUUCGUUCUUGCCUCUUCCUGCCUUCGAAUUGGCUGAUCACAACGGCACCGGCCUCGGCGGGCGGGGCUGGGGCCCUGCACGUUUGGGACGUGUACAGAGAUUCCUAA